UGUAUAACCUUCAAAGUCUUGAUCUUGUUCACAAUUUGCUAAUAGGUACGAUACCACAGCAGAUUGGAGAAUUGCAAAUAUUAGAAAUACUAAAUCUCUCCCAUAAUGAACUCUCUGGUUCCAUUCCAUCAUCUUUCGAUAAUAUGUUAAGUUUGACAUUGGUAGAUGUAUCUUUCAAUCAGUUGGAGGGUCCUAUUCCUAAAAUGAAAGCCUUCCGUGAGGCUCCAUUUGAGGCACUCAAAGGUAAUAAAGGUUUAUGUGGUAAUGCUACUGGUUUGAAAACUUGUCUAGCAAAAAUGAACAAUGGGGUAGCUAAGAAAAAGAGUAACAGAGUUGUGUUACUAAUUGUUCUUCUUUUUGGAUUUCUAUUUCUUUCAUUAAUGGUUGUUGGAGUAGUGCUCUUGAUUUUUUGUAAAAAAAGUAGGAACACGAAAAAUGAGCCAAGACAAGUAAAUAAUGAAAAUUUCUUUGAAAUUUGGAGCUAUGACGGAAAAAUGGUUUAUGAAAGCAUCAUUGAAGCGACUAAAAACUUUAGUACCAAACAUUGUAUUGGGGAGGGAGGAUGCGGUACUGUUUACCGAGCUGCUCUCACAAGUGGUCAGGUAGUUGCUGUGAAGAAACUUCAUGUAUCACCAGAUGGUGACUUGGCUAAUCUAAAAGGCUUUACGAGUGACAUCCGUGCAUUAACAAAGAUUCGCCAUCACAAUAUUGUAAAACUUUAUGGCUAUUGUUCACACCGAAGGCACUCGUUUUUGGUUUAUGAGUUCUUGGAAGGGGGAAGCUUGGGAAAGAUAUUGAGCAAGGAGGGUCAUGUAUUAUACUUUGAUUGGAUUAAGAGAGUGAAUGUUGUCAAAGAUGUGGCAAAUGCUUUGUCUUAUAUGCACCACGACUGUUCUCCAACAAUCAUCCAUCGAGACAUAUCAAGCAAGAAUGUUUUGCUUGAUUUAGAGUCUGUGGCUCACAUAUCCGAUUUCGGCACAGCUAGAUUUUUGAAGCCUGACUCAUCCAAUUGGACAUCAUUUGCAGGGACCUUUGGGUACACUGCUUCCGAACUUGCUUAUACAAUGGAAGUGAAUGAGAGGUGCGAUGUUUAUAGUUUUGGGGUUCUCACAUUGGACGUGAUUAUGGGGAAGCAUCCGGGUGAUCUAAUCUACUCUCUGUCAUCAUCGUCAUCCUCUUCCUCAUCCACAUCAACUGUACAUGGGAUAUUAUUAAAGGAUGUGUUGGAUCAACAUCUCGCAGCACCUGAGAAUCAAGUGGCAGAGCAAGUAUUUGUGGUUGCACAACUAGCAUUUGAAUGCUCUCAAGCCAAUCCACUAUCUCGGCCAACCGUGAGACAAGUUGCCAUGAAGCUAUCAGAUGAUCGAAGGUCACAUCUGCAAAAUGAAUUCCACAUGAUCACAUUAGGACAACUGAUAUCAACUACUCAACCUCUUGAGUAUUUGCCUUCUAUCCUUGGACUAUAUGUUGUUCUUGUUUUCCAUUUUCUUCUUAGAUUGUUCAAUUUCAACCCCCCUUUCUAGUCUAUUUUUCUGCUCUUUUAUACUAAUUAGCAUUUUACAAAACUUUUUAAUGGCUAAUUUAAAACCAUCUUAAAUCUUUAUGUUGGUGUAUUUCGUGGGCUGUUUUCAUUGGAUUUUUGCAAGCUUUUUAAAUGGAUA